AGAGCUUAGACUCUAUUACACCACUAGCUUAUUCAAGACUAGAGCCGAAGAGGUUGUUUUGCUUGUAGUUGCUAUUAAUUACAGCUUAUUGUAAUAUUGCUGCAUUGUGUAAACCAACCAACACUCCUAGAGAAUGGAAAAUCAAUUCUUGGACGUCAUUCUCAGCUCUUACAAUUGAUAAAUGACGUAACCAUAGCAGGAGGCGUGGGCAGGAGUUGAGCUUUGAAGUAAAAAUAUCAACUGAAGUAAAUAAAAGUUGUAGUUGAGGAAGUGUACAGUUUAUAUUACCAGAGCCAAGAAAAUGGAUGUAAAAUCUCUUCGUGAUCGAGAGUUCAAUAAACGAGUAAGAGAUGUCGUUUCGAGGGACCAAAACAGACUCCGAGAGACAUUCGACAAGUAUGACAAGGAAUGUGCUGAACGUAUGGCAGAGAUACAUCACAUGCAGGAAAAAGUUCGCUUCUCAAUGAGAAGUUUAGCCAUGGAUAAGAUUCACAUCAACCAAGCCAAUAGUGUUGCAAGGAACCAUCGUAGAAGCGAUGAAUCAAGAGUGCAGUCAGAUGCUAAAGAAGAUCACACUCGAGGAAGUCAGGUCACCAAUAAACCAGACGAUGAUGGUCAAGAAAGUAAACAAACCAAGAGAGAUGUAAAUGAGGUUAGCAAGCGCCAUCGUGCUUCUGUAACCUCUAUGUUUUCAAAACCACGAACACUGGAUAUUCCUGGUCCUACGACUAACAGAAGAGCAUCUUCGCCGUUUGCUUUACCACCCUCGUCCGCUCGAAGUCCUCAACAACCUCGUCAUGAAACAACGAAUAAUGUUUAUAUUACUGGAAGUAGACCAACAAUGUCAUCUUCUUACCCUACAACAGAUGGUUACAUGAUUCACACGUUGAAUAAGACACCAAGAUCUCAACCAAAAUUAACAGACACCCACAACAUGCUUUCUGUUAACGAUAUGCGAAUGACCACAAAAUCACCAGUAAUUAAUUUACGACGGAAAUCAGCCGGCGAAGUUGGGGACAACCGACAGGUUUCCGAACGAAAAGGGGAUAGAGAUUGUUCUCCGAAUCACCUCCGAACGGACACUCGUCAGAGAAGUACUAGCGUUUCUCACUUUCCAAAACCACAUAUAAGCAGUCCAAGAAACCAAAGAAAACUAUCGACUGCUGGACAAAAAGGGGUUAGAGAUUCCUCCCUGAAUCGCCUCCGAACGGAAACUCGUCCUGUUCGUCAGAGAAGUACAAGUGUUUCUCACUUGCCCAACCCACAUGUAAGCAGUCCAAGAAAUCAAAGAAAACUAUCGGCUACUGGACAAAAAGUUCAACUGUUUCGAACCAGAAGUAAUUCUCUGCCAGAUUUACUCUCACCUGAUUCCAUUCUGACGACUACACAACAAGGUGGAUCAGCAGAAGACGGCGUUGCAAGCAAGAAGAGCAAAGAUGUGCAAAAAUCUGAACCCAUUCAAGUCGGUUCAGCAAGUUGCCAGGCAAAGCCUGAUAACAGCCCAUUAGCUCGUAGCUUUGAAGAAAUGAGACACUGCAGGUAUUUGCGAUGUAGUGAUACAGAUAUAUAAUCAUCUUCAUUACCAUUAAUAUAGUCAAUAUGGACAAUAGUUUAUAGUAGGUUCGAAGGAAUAGUGACAACAACCUCUUGGUGCAUUGUGCAACUAAUUGUGCAGAGUUCCUGUCAAUUUCUGUAUGUAUAUUUAGAGAAAAUAAAAUAUGAAUACUUUCGA